CGACUUGCGAUGUUAAUUCUAUUAAAGUAAGUUUCGCAAGGAGGUACAAGUUGGUUAAGUGUUAGCUUCAACCACAUAACAAAAAAUAUAUUGAAACUUUAACGCUAAAUUUUACAUUUAAUAUGGCCUUCAUAAAUAGAUUAUCAGCAAGUGGUGUUGUUAAUGGUUUCAAGAUUGCUCUUAAAAGAAAUAUGGGAGUAGCAUCCGUUUGCCAAUCAAAAGUCAGUGAAGUAUCAGAUCCAAUUCAAAAAUUGUUUCUUGAAAAGCUACACGAAUAUAAAGCUAAAGCAACAAAGUUAAAAGACGGUGAGCUUUUUGACAGUAAUCCUGAAAUAGAAGGAAAAAAGAAAUUUGGUAUCGAAAAUCUGAAAAAAAAAUAUGGAGAUAAUGUUGAAGAGUUUCCAAAAUUUAGCUUUGAAAAAUAAACAACUAUAUUGCAAUAAAUUACUUUAAAAAAGCUUUUUAUUGUAAACUGUUAGUGUUAUAUUCAUGUAAUAAUAAAAUUGACAGUUUUUAAAAA